CCUCAUUCUCUUUCCUAGUUACGUUGAGUCCAUAUGUGAAUAUAUACUGACAUAGUCUCCCCCCACUCUGCUAAUUGCGCGGGUAGUUCGCGGAUGCUUGGUGACGAAUGAGAGCGAGUCUACAACGCUGCAACCUGGAAGAUUGGGCCCAAAGGCCACCCUGCAACAUCAAUCCUGCUGUUAAUCGACAGAUCGCCCAAAGCCCUGAGCAGCCCAUCAGACCCGGCUCAGAAUGGAGCAUUCAGUCAAUUAUGCUGACGAUGAGACGGGCUCCGGCCUUCACGACAAGACCAAGGCUGCCAGCGCAUCUCGGGUACGCCGGCGCAAUCGUAUGAUCACAUCCUGUCUAGAGUGUCGCCGCCGUAAAUUGAAGUGCGACAAGUUGCAUCCAUGCACCAAUUGCCACAAGUUUUCUCGCGACUGCCUCUUCCUUGCCCCGGCUCUUGACUCGGUCUCUCAGCAACGUCUUAAUGAAAUCAAGGAGAAAAUGGGUUCCCUGGAACGUGUUCUCGAGCAGGAUGUUGCUCGCCAGCACGGCAAGCCUUCCUCCGGUACAUCUACAAGGGCGGAACGAAGGACGUCCGCUGACCUGCCUGGGGGAGAGACCAGUAGCUCAGACAACGAAGGCGCCGUUCCCGAAGAUGAAAAGGGACUGGAAGCGACGCCCUUGGCUGUCAUAGAUGCCGCCUACGAAGAUGAUGCCAAUGAUGAUAUUCUGGAUCUUGGUGUCCGAGUGGGUAAGAUGAGACUGACUGAACGGCUUGGUGGUUUCUUUCGCCCGAGAAUCAAUGACGAGCUCGGCGCCACGCUAGCCAAAUCAAAACGCGAUUCAAAUCUCAACAACGUCACUUCGGCCGUUCCCAAAUUACCCGACAGUGAUCAAGAUUACCUUGCGCCCGGCUCAUCCUACAUUGCACCUGGAUCAGGGUUUCUGUUUGGAGAUGUCGGCAGCAAACGAUCUCUCAUCAACUUUCUUCCGACCAAAGGAGCCGCCGAUGUGUUGGUUCGCCAUUAUUCUGAAUGUGUCCAUCACAUCACGAGGGUUGUACACUGGCCAAGCUUCGUUCUUCACUACGAUAAUUUUUGGACCAGUGUCCUCGCCGGACUGGAACCUCCAGCAUGGCAGCAAGCCCUAGUUCUGUCAAUUCUGUUUGCGUCAGUCGCCAGCAUGGACGAAAAGGACGUCGAAGCUAUCUUUGCACGCCCAAAGUCUACAAUCCUGCGGAAUUGCCAAACCGGCACCGAGGUCACUCUCAGCAAGGCGCAAUUCCUACGAGCAACUAAACUCGAAACGCUACAAGCGUUGGUCAUCUAUCUCCUUCCGAUGUGCCGCGAUCAGAUGUCUCGAGCUCACUCUGUCCUCGUUGGUAUGGCCAUUCGCUUGGCUGAAUGCAUGGGGCUGCAUCGAGAUCCGGAGACUCUUUACGGUCUCUCUCCGGUUGAAUGCCAUGCACGCCGUAUAUUGUGGUUCGAACUCUGCUUCUUAGACUUCCGCACCUGUGAAUCUCAGGGGCCUCGACCGGGUAUCAAACGAGAGGACUACGACACUCGAUUUCCUCUCAACAUCAACGAUGCUGACCUUUUUCAACCCAAAAUUCGGGAUUCCAAAACUAGCUUUACAGACAUGACGACGUCGAGAAUUCGGUUUGAAUGCACCGAAAUGCAAAGAGUCAUCUGGCAAGAUCGGAUUCGAUUGGAAAGAAAGAAAGUCUCGUUGACUCACGUUCUCUCCAAGAUCGAAACAUUUCGCAAGGCCAUGGAGGCCAAGUAUACACCAAUGCUGAACCUGGAAGUUCCCAUUCAGAAAUAUGCUCGACUUGUCAUGAGCUUAAUGAUUCAGCGGAUGUAUGUCAUGGUCAUGCAUCGAUUUCUCAACCAUGCGCCCAAUCUGGUACCAGAGCGACUUCUCAAUCUGACCAUCAGUGGCGGUGUGCAAUCGAUGGAAGCUGCCAUUGCGCUACAAAGUCUUCCCGAGUUGUCCCAGUGGAGAUGGUACGGAGGCGCAUAUCAGCAAUGGCAUAUCGCCUUCCUGUUAUUGACCAUUGACUAUCAAAUGCCCAAUCACGCAGAAGCCGACAGAAUCUGGAACAUUCUCGACUUUGUCUUUGAACCUGAUCAGUCAUCGUCACGGACACAAAAGGCCCAGACCAUCAUUGAAGCAAUCAAGGAUCGAACCGGAGUGUAUAGAGACCUCCGCAAAAUCCGAAUUCCACCUUCAAUGAAGGAUGGACUCGAAAUGGUGGAUAGCAACGUACGCAAACCUACAAAUGAUGCCAGUGCCAGCACCGAGGUUGGAAUCAACUCGUCAACGCUGCAAGGAGAAGUACCUGCCGCAGCAUACAUGAGGGAGCAAAACUGGAGUUUUGAGAAUCCGGCGACGCUCUAUGUCACGAGCCCAUACGACGGUCGAAGUGAACAAAGUGGAUGGAAUUCGAGCACACCACAAGGUCCAGGUUCAGGGCAGACACAAUCCACACGACCGGUUCAACCUCCCCAACAGGGACCACAGCAUAUAUCUCCUCGAUCAGACAGCCAGAGUCAUGCCUCACCUGGACAUUUGGGCGAAUUUCACAGUCCCAGCGACUCCAGCACGAAUGAAUCAUGGCCUCCGCUGAUUACCUCUGAUCAAACGCAGUGGCGAACAGUGCUCAAUAAUACAGGGUCAGGAAUUCAAUUACCAGCACCGACGCAUGGACUGGCUCCGAUGUCUUCACCGCCACAACCAGCUCCAGGUUCAAUUGGCAACAUGUUUAUGAAUUCUGGCUUUCAGAGCGAUCAGGUCAACAUUCCACAAUACCCUGUCUCGGUCAAUCGUGGCGAUUCCAUGAUGGCAGAUAUCAACUGGACUGAAUGGGACCAAUUAUUUCCCCCAGAGUCAAACAACAGCUUGCUUGACCACACAGUGGGUUACGAUACAGGGCCGGCCCCAGACUACAAGCCAUAUGGUUGAUGACAGUGAAUGGAACCAUGGGUUUCUUUCGGAUGACCCAAUAGUAAAACCAUGUCUCCAAACCUGCAGCUGUUCUGUCCUCAAACGAGCAAUGCACCUACUGUCCUCAAACGAGCAAUGCACCUA